AUGAGCGCAGAAGAACGGAGAGGGCGGUGGGCACGAGGGGGAGGGGCCGGCAAUGGAGACGGCACAAAGAAAGAAGGGGGAAAAAAAUGGAGGGGAAAGGUAAGACGACGUCGACGUGGAAGGGAAGAUGGAAGGACAAAGGCAGCGGAGGGAGGGGAAAGGAGAGGCAGUGGAGGGGGAAAGGGAGGGGGAUGCGGCGACAGGGGAGGGGAGAGGGGAAGCGAUGGCGUGGGGGAAGGAGACGGCAAUGGCUACGGGGAGGGGAGAGGGAGUGGGAGGAGGGCAGUGGCAUGGAGGAGAGGGGGAAGGGGAUGA